AUGACGUUCACGGGUGAAUCUGUCUACUCCGGCGGCAAGCUCCUCAGCGCGGCCUCCCCCAUCAUCAACGCGGGCGCAGACAGAGGGUACCACUUGCUUGUCGUUGACGGCCACUCGCGCACCAACAAAUUCUUCUGGUCUCUUCCUUUCAUCAUCGGCGGCCAACACUGGCGCAUCUACUAUGACCCCCACGUCGACGGCAGCCUGGUAACACUACAACUUUGCCUCAUCAUCGGCACUAUAGACCUCGUGAAGGCACAUUUCGAGUUCAGUUUCGUUGAAGAGAACGACGAGCAAGAGCGGGCACGUAUCCAUGAUGGUAGUGAGAUAUUCGAGUUCCGAGGCCGGUUCAGCCACCAUACAAAGGUCCUCAAAAAGGAGACCUGGGAGAAAUUCAUCAGAGACGACAGAUUCACCAUUCGAUGCGACGUCAUGGUCCUUGCGCAGGGCGCGACAACAAGGAUUUCUUCCUUCAUCGCGGUGCCACCGUCCGACAUGCAGCAGAACUUUAUGGAUCUUCUCCUGUCCGGCGACGGCACGGACGUCGUCUUCCGGGUGGGUGGCGAGACGUUCACCGCCCACAAGUGCGUUCUCGCGGCCCGCUCUGCCUUCUUCAGGGCGCAGCUCUUCGGCCCAAUGAAAGAAGGCACGGCGUCGACGAACACAAUCCUGCAGAUCAACGACAUGCACGCUGAGGUAUUCAGCAUGAUGCUAAGGUUCAUCUAUGGAGACUCGCUGCCAGCUCCUCCCGUGGAUGAGAACGAGGGCGUUCUUCUACAACACCUGCUUGUCGCGGCGGAUCGGUAUGACCUCAGGCGGCUCAGGGCAAUGUGUGAGGACAAGCUAUGCGACUACAUCGACAUUAGCUCGGUAGCAACCAUCCUGUCGCUCGCCGACCAACACAGCUGCGAUGGGCUGAAGAAGGCGUGCUACCAUUUCGUCGACUGUCCGGCGAACCUAAGGGCUUUUGUGGAGACCGAAGAGUUUGAUCAUCUGCAGAGGAGCUGCCCCCGUAUUACGAAGGAAAUUAUCCUUAACAUGCUUCCCUCGCCUAGCCUAAUUCAGUAG